GCGCAGUUUAUAAAUCGUUAAGACUCUCCUCUUAGGGCUUGUGCAACGGCGGUGUUUCAGAAAAUGAGGCAAACAAUUCCUGGCUACUCGUCGAUUUUGAUUCGUUAACGCCUGGCGUUCCGAUGUUCAGCUACCUCUUCUUGGUGUGCUGUCUGUCGCGGUUAUCGAGCGUUUCGGGGGUGAAAAACAUCACGCACGGGGUUGCGAGACAUCUAAGAUCGAUUGGAUUCCCCGAUGGAAGUGGCAUGGGGAUAUUCUUCGCGCUCGGAGUGCCCAUUGAUAUUCCCAACAAAUCGGUGCUAUUUUCUAUGUACUUCGAAGCGAAUUACGGUCUGCCCGGAGAAUGGAACUCCAGUUAUUAUUUGGACGAGCCCUAUUACAGGAAACGCAGCCUAGAUCGACGAAUGGCGUACGACGUUCUCGUAAACAAAUUGGAAAGUUUCGGUUACUCCGGAGAAACUUGUCUGUUAAAAAUGAUCUGCGAAGUCGCGAACUGUCCCCUGACAAACAAUGGAGUAUUCGGCGAUAUUCUGCACAUUCUGUUCACGCCAUCCUCUUCCCAAGAUGAAGGACUCCCAAGCACCAUCACCGAGGCUGAGUAUAGAGAAGACUGCGAUAGCUACUAUGAAAAAUGUCCCCAAAGUCCAUUAGCCCUGAUAAGCCAGAAUCUCGACGCUAAUACUUGA